UUUUUAUGUAAACAAAGAUCGACAUGCGAAGACCUUCAGUUUUUGUCGCAAAAGAUCCAGAGAAAGAAUUCCGGUAUGGCUCCCGGAAUUGGCUGCUUCACGCGCGCUACGUGCGCGGCGAACACGCCGUGUGUCUGGAUCUCGCAGACGACCUGCAGAAGAACGCUGACAACACGCAUAGAUACGCACAUUAUGUCAAGGGCCUGGUGUACGCGGAUGCUGGACGGCACCAGGAGGCCCUGGAGCGGUUCCACAGCUGCAUCCGGCUCCAGCCUUCAGACCCUGAGCCUUUGAAACAAGUCGCCAAAAGUCUGUCUUGCCAGGGACGCUAUCAACUCUCUCUCGAAGCUUACUUGGAGGCAGAUAAGCUGACCAAACAUCCGGACAGCGACAUCUACUGCGCUCUAGCGGAAUGUGCAAGUAAUCUAGGCCAGAUAGAGCGGGGAGUGGAAUGGGCGCGAGCGGCCGUGCAAGCAGGCGGGGGCGAGCGUGCAGGGGCGUUGCUGGCGCGCCUGCUGCUGGCGUCAGGAGACGCCGUGGGCGCUUCAGCGGCGUACGACCAGGCUAUUGCGACGCACGCUUGCGGCGCAGAUACACUUGCCGCUGCGGGAGCGUUACGUCUCCGCGCCGGCGCGCCGCGCGAGGCCUUCCAACUCCUGGGGGCAGCGCUAGCGCAGCAGCCCUCGCAGCACGCUGCUGCUCUGGCACUUGCUGCUAUGAUGCUGCAACACCGAGAUCUGGAUGCGUCGCUAGCCAGACUUAAAGCGGCUCUCUCUGCCCACCCGACCUGCGUAGCUGCCCACAGUAACUUGGGGUUGGCUCUACUUGCGAAAAAGAAGUAUGUUGCUGCUCUGACAUGUCUCCAACGAGCGGUGUGGUCGGCCCCGCUCAGCGCUCGAGCUGCGCACAACUUAGGCCUCGCGCUAUUGUUAUGCAGACGACCGGCCUCGGCGUUUUGCAGGCUGGCCACAGCGGCGGCAUUGCAGCCAAGGCAGCCUUACACGGUCCUUUUAAUAGGCAUAGCUUUAGAACGUCUCGGCGACGCGCGCGCCGACGCGGCGUACGCGCGCGCCGCGGCCCUGGCGCCGCGCGACGCGCUGGUGCGCCUGCACCGCGCCGGGCGCCGCGCGCGCGCAGGGGACGCGAGGGGAGCUGUUGAAGAGGCGCGCGCCGUCGCGGAGAUACUGCAGGGAGAGGAGAAACCGGACGCACAGUUAAGCAGUUCCCUGGCAACUCUGCUGGCUUUACUCCGAGACGCUGGCGUUCAGCUGUCAGAUUUGCCAGACCACCUGCCACGCGCUGACACGCCCGAUGACUUGCCAGAUGACAUGACAGCUGACGAAGUUUAACCGUUGA